AUGAAUAAAGUAGAUGCCGAAGCAGAACUUCAGACAUAUAAACAUUCCCGACAAAGCCUGGAUGAAAUGUAUAAUGAAGCACACAGACAGCUUCGAGAAGAAUCACAGUUAAGACAAGAUAUAGAGAACGAAUUGAUGGUCCAGGUUGGUAUGAAGCAUGAGAUAGAACUUGCCAUGAAGUUAUUGGAGAAAGAUAUACAUGAAAAGCAAGACACUCUUAUAAAUCUGCGGCUACAGCUGGAGGAAGUCAAAGUGAUCAAUACAGAAAUGUAUCAGAAACUGCAGUUUUCAGAGGAAGCCAUGAAAGAAAAGAAUGAAAUAAUUGGUCGCCUGGAGAAUAAAACUAGUGAGAUUACCGCAACUAUGAAGCAUCUGGAACAAAG